CUAAGCCUCCUCUGAAAUUUAUCUCUCUAGCCCUCCUUUUGUUCAUCCUCUCUCUCUCUCUCUCUCUCUAAACGCUUGUGCAGAGGAUUUUGUGAAGGUUGAAACAAAAAGCAAUCUCUUGGUUUUGUGCAAAUAAAAAGGUUUUUGCUUUUUGGGUUCUUUCGAAGUCAUCAAAAGAAGGGUUUUUGAGGGAAAAACAAGUGGGGGGUUGUCUUUGCAAAUGGUGCUUUUCAUGUGUGGAAUUUUGAUUGCUGAAGAAGAGAAGGUUGAAGGAGAGUGGGAGGACGAGAGAUAAAAGGAAAAAAGCGAAAAUACCCAGAAAGCCCGAAAGUAGCAGAAGUAGGAGAUACAGACAAAAGAGAGAAUCAUCUGCUUCUGCUGGGUCAUUUGGCAAUGUCUGCUACAAUAAUCAGUGAUCCAAUGAUGAUACCAGCCCCAGAGGCACCACAAUCAGCAGCACCCACAAAGAUAAUUGGACAAAUUGAAGUUGAAUUUGCAAAAUGUGAAUGCUGUGGACUGACUGAAGAAUGUACACCAGCAUACAUUGCAAGAGUCCGGGAGCGAUAUUCCGGAAAAUGGAUUUGUGGGUUGUGUGCAGAAGCAGUUAAAGAUGAGACUGAUCUGAGACUGAUCACUACUGAAGAAGCAGUGGCUAAGCACAUGAGCUUCUGCAAGAAAUUCAUUUCUUCAAGGCCACCUCCUGAUCCAACCGUACAUUUGAUCGCUGCGAUGAGGCAAAUCCUUCGAAAAAGCUUGGAUUCCCCGAGAGGGUUAAGAUCAACACCAAGUAGUCCUAAAAAGGAUGCAGAAAUCCAUGCUGCAUCGCUUGCCAGGUCUGAGAGCUGCUUCUCUUCUUUGUCUGGUUGAUGCUAAAAAUGGUGGUGAAUAUUAUCACUUUUGUUAUGUUCUCCUUGAUGCAUAAUACGAAAAAAAAAAUGAAACUAAAAUGGUUGGGGGACUAAGAUUAGUUGCUUAAUCUGGUAAUUGAAAACAGAAGUUGUAUCUGCUGUUAGAGAAUGAAUCUCUCUUUUAAGAAAAUUUUCUCUCUUCUGUUUCCCUUGCU